UGGUUUGCUGUUGCAUCUAUUUAUGAGAACACGCUUAUGGAAAUAAAGAGGAAGUCACCUAAGAUUGUCGAGGCGUUUCUACGUAGUGAUAACGCUGGAUGUUAUCACUGUGCUCUUUUAUUGCUAAGUAUUCCUGGUAUUAGUCAACGUACAGGUGUAACUACAAGCCGAUACGACUUCAGUGAAUCAAACAGAGGUAAAGAUAUAUGCGAUCGCCAUAUUUCUCCUUUGAAAAGUCAUAUACGCCAGUACGUCAAUGCAGGAAAUGAUGUCGAGAAGGCAAAAGAUAUGAAGAAAGCAAUAGAUUCUUACUCCGCAGUUAGAGGUUGCCGUGCAUCAGUUGUAAAGGUGGACACUUGCGCACAGGAUCUGCAUAAUCACAACUGGAACGGAGUACUGAUGUUUUCAUACUUCAAGUUUUGCGCAGACGGAAUCAGGAUGUGGAAAGCCUUUAAUGUUGGAGAGGGAAAGUUCGUUCGUUACGAUAAGCUAAUGAAGAAAGGCACUAGCCAGGGAAGUACCCGAUUGGAGGUCGUUGAGCCCUUCACAUCCCCGCGUGUGUCGACUGGCUUCUUGUACAAAAAUAGCAAAACGACGGAAAACAAAAGUGAACCUUGUGAAUUCAGUUGCCCUCAACCACGCUGCAUCAAGUUAUUCAAAACGACAACAGCGUUGCAAAACCACCAGGACUUUGGCAAGCACAUUUUUUGCACCCAAAAGAAUUCCACGCAUGACAGUAUUAAGCGUAAAUGGGCUAACGCAUGCACCAACCUACGCCCUUCAUAUAUUCCAUCCAGACAGAACCUUGAAGGAUUGAGCCAAGAAGAGUGCAGAAAGUACCCCACUGCUGAGCCUGGCUGGGCCUUGAAGAAAAACAAGAAGACCGGGCGAUUUUCAGAACAUGUCAAAGAGUACCUCCUUAAACUGUUUCUUGAUGCAGAAGAGACAGGAAAUAAGAGCGACCCUGCCGUUGUUGCCUCAAACUUGAAGUCACUUCGUGGACCAGAUGGCGUAAAAUUGUUUUCUUCUAAAGACUGGCUCAGCGCUCAACAAGUUACAUCAUACUUUUCACGUCUCGCAUCGGUCGCUAAGGGUGGAAAGCUUUCUUUAAACAAGAAGACUGUAAUAGAGGAAGAAGAUAUGCUCGAUGCCCUUGUUGAGAGAGGAGAACGAGAGUCCAUGCGAGAGAAAGUUUUUCACGUUGUGGACUUAUAG